UAACCCAAAAAAAACCAAGCACAAAUCGUUCAAAGAAGAAGCGUGAUAAAAAAUAUAUUUCUUGGAAACUUUUUCACUAUAAUAUUAAAUAUCGAGAUUUUUAUGUAUUAUAAUUGAAAAAUAAAAUUAAAAAAAAAAAAAAAAUGGAAGAAUCAAAAUAUUUUCCAAAUCAAUGUAUCAUUUGUCAAUCGACAAUGAAAUUAAGAAAAUGCACUGGAUGUAAUAUGGUUCAAUAUUGUGAUAAAAGUCAUCAAUUACAACAUUGGCCACAACAUAAAUCAUUUUGUAAGGCAAUUGGAAAAAUUUUAGAAAGAAAAAAAAUUACACACAUUUAUGAGAAACUUGCAAAUAAAUCUUUUGAUACUUGGUUAUCGGAAAUAAUUUUAAUAACUGAAGAUAUCACAAAACAUUUAAAACGAAUUCCAAAUUCAAUUGAAACAAAUAUAUUAAAAUAUCCCCGUGUAUGUUUCAUUUGUCGUGAAGCUAAACAAGAAAAAUUGAAAAAUUGUCCAAAUUGUCCAUUUGCAAGUUUUUGCGAACAACAUCCAAAUAGUGAAAUACACAAUAGAAAUUGUCUUAUAUUAAAAAAUCGUUACGAUGAUAUUAAAUGUAAAUUAACAUUAAGUUUGACAUUUUCUUUAGACGAUAUUGUCAAAGAAUUUGCAAUGGGUACAAAAAUUUCAAAAAUAAAUGACGAAUCACUAACAACGUUAAAACAAUUUUUUGAUAACUACACAAAACCAGUACGUGAAAUACCAGAAAUUGAAAAAAUUAUUGUCUCUGAAUUUUUUAGCGUUUCAUUGACAAUAUUUCAAACUUUACAAAUGAUUUACUAUGAAAAUUUCCCAACGGAAAUUAUUAUUCAUCUUGAUAUUUCUGGUGGUCCAGAUGAAUUUAUAAUUUGUGAUAAUUAUUGGGAAAUACUUCUACAUUUAUUACCAGAUAUUAAGAGUUUAAAAAUAAUUAUUUGCGAGGCAAAAUUAACAUAUGCAAAUAAAUCAUCACUUUGUAAUGAUUGUAAAUUAAAGAAGAAAAAAAUAUUCAUUGAAACACAAACAAUGCCCUAUGAAAUUUAUUUAACACAAUCAAAUUAUCAACAACCAUCUCUAAUUUCUUAUUUUAAUGUACGUCCAUUAAAAAAUGAAAAUAUAGUCAAAAAAUAUUGGCAAAAAAUAAUUGAAAAAUUUGGUAAAAUUAAUUGUCCAAUUGUUUUUUUAACAUUUAAUGAAGAAAUAUUGAGAGUGAUUAAAAAAGAUGUUUUAAAUUCACCAAUAAAAUUUAACAUUAUUUACAGUGGAUUUAAUAAUUUUGCACCAUUAACGUAUCUUGAAUUAAAUGUCGAUGGUACUCUAUUUCGAACUUCGCAAUUUUUAAUUAUUCUUCAACAACGAAUUAAUGGGAAAAAUAAUUCCAAAUCAAUUAUUACAAAAGGAAAUCGUCCACGUACAUAUUUUUAUCAUCAAAUUUGUCAUGUUUGUCAUAAAUAUCAGGCAAAAAUUACAUGUAAUCGUUGUCGAAUUAUUUCCUAUUGUGGCAAUAAACAUCGUAAUCAAGAUCAAAUUCAACAUAAAGAUAUUUGUCGUGCAAUUUUGAUUUUAUUAAAUGAAAUGAGUACGGUGAAUCUUUUUGAAAAUGUAAAAACAACAGAUUCGGAUUUAUGGCUACGUGCAAAAAUUGAUAUAAUGAAAAAAGUAAAAGCAAAACUUGGCAGAGAAAUGGAGGAAUUUGAGGAGCAAAUGUUUUUAUUUCCCAAAGCUUGUGCCAUUUGUCAUGACAGUGAUUUGAGUUUAUUGAAAAUUUGCGAUUGUGGGGCAUUUCUCUGUAAAAUUCACAACAAAGAUGAAAAACACAAAAAAUUGUGUAAAAUAUUAUCCUUUGCCUACGCAAUUUGUACAAAGGAAAACGAUUCAAAUUCAACAUUGGAAAUAAAUUCUGCUAAAGGUCUCUAUGAAAAAUUACCAUCGUCAAUGAUUGGAUUUUUAAAUUCAAAUUUUGUAAUAUCAAGAAAAUAUGAAAAUAAAAUGGAUAUUAAUUGUCAUCAACGUCUAAUGACAUCAAAUUUAAUAACUUCUUCGCUAACAUUAAGAUAUUUUAUAAAUAAAUUCGAUUCAUUUCUUACAAUGCAAACAAUGGUGAUUCAUAUUAUUGGCGUAAAGGAAAAAGAUUUUAUAGAAGAAAAUUCGUGGAAAAUCUUUUUAUACUCGAUGAAAGAAUUAAAAGAUUUGAAAAUUAUUUUCAUUGGACCUCAAGUUCCAAAUUGUCCCGAAACAAUAAUUGUUGAAACUUCUGAUUUUCAUGCAAUUGGUGUGAAACGAUUAAAAAUCGAAUAUCGUAGUAUAACAUAUGAUAAAUAUUUUACGAGUAAAAAAUUUAUAAAACCGCAAAUAAUUUUAGGAUGUAAUCUCAAUAUUCAUGAGAGUAAAUUAUUUGAAAUUUCGAAAAAUACUUGGAAGGAGACAAUUUUAACGGUGGAAAAAGUUGGUGUUCCAUUUAUUUUAACAUCGGGUACAAAAGAACGUGCCGAAAUGGAGCAUAAAAUAAUUUGCGAUCUUCUUGGAAAAUCUGUGAAUUUUCAAUUUUUUCAAGAAAAUCCAUUUGCUUCAUUAUGUCCGGAACGAGAUUUUGAAACAGAGGGUGUUAUGUAUGCAAAUAAAUUUGUAAUUGCCUAUGUUUGGAAAUAUAAAAAUUCGUCAAAUUUACUUCAAGAAAAUGAAAUCAAAAUUAAUGAGAUUAAUGAGAAUUCUCAAUUGGCAACAAAUAUUACAACACAAGAAAAUAAUUCAGAGGCAAAAGAAAUUAUUGUCAAAGACACUGAAGCGGAGAAAAUAAAAGUUUUUUGUGAAAAUUUAGAAAAAGAUGAAAAUAUUGAAAAAACAGAUUUAUUCUUACUUAAGUGUAAUAAAUUUCUUAUUGGAGAAAAUGAAAAAUUAAAGGAACAACUAAAUGCAGCGAAUGUUCAAAUUAAAGAACAGAAAAAUAUGAUUUUAGAAUUAAAAAAAAUUUAUUCCAAUUUCGUUGAAAACAAUCGAAUUUUAGAAUUGGAAAAAAUUUAUAACGAUUUCGUUAAAAAAUUUAAUGAAAAUAUUAAUUAAACGUGUAAGAAUUAAAAAAUUCUUUUAAACUUUCAACAUAAAUUUGUGUUAAAAAUGUAUUACUUUUUAUUUUAUUUGGUUAAGAUAUUAAAAUCUUUUUAUUUUAUUUAAGAUAUUAAAAUGUGACGCAUUUUUACUUGUUAAUU